UGUAAUAUGCUGAACUGGUUUGAUUUCGGGACUUUGCACUUGGAAAACCAAAUGUAGGAAACAAUCUAAUUUUCUUGAUGAUUUUCUGAAAAAUGAUUGAUUUUUCAGUUGCUUGAUGAGUUGCAGCUCCUCCGCCAGAAAAAAACCCACCAUCACCACCACUACUCUUCCACCACCGACGAUUCCACCGCCACCCUCGCCCCCUACAAGGGAUGUCACCCCGCCCGUUGCCUCGCCAAGAAGCCCAAUCCUACGGCGGAGAUCCACAACGGGACAACUACUCAUCGGAAAGGGAAAGGGGCCGCCGUCGGCGGCAGGACGACAUCCCCAAGCUCCCCAAGACUUUCUUCAUAAUAGGCCAGCAGAGCAGCGAGGGGAGCCGCCCAUUUACUCCCACCACCGCCGACCCCUUCAACAAGUCGAUUGCUGAGUCGACCGAGUCGCCGAUUCACUGGGGGUCUGGCGACGGAAGGAAGUUGUUUACACCAUCUCUCUCGCCUCCGAAUUCGGCAGCUUCACCUGCCAAAACGUGAACAGUAGCAGUAGGAAGAACAAUCACAAGCGAGAGGAGGAUAUAGACUUAGAGGAAGGAAGGAGUACAAAGCAUACUGCAAUUCAUCACGAGGAAGAAGGGGAAAAAGGCGGAAAAGGUGGGGUCGUUCGCUAGAGAGAGGCUAGAGGCUUUCGCGGAGAAGCGGUGGCCGUGGAGGCGGUGGCGGCGCGACAGAGGAGCGAAUUCGGGUUCGGGAUGUUCCAUAAGGAUUUCGAAGGGGAGGUGUCACCGGUGUGGACGCCGGUGGUCGGGAGGUUCGCGAUGAGGAGUUCCGUCAACGUGGGUAGGGUAUGGGGUUUCUAGAAAAAGAAAUUAGAUUUUUUAUAUUUUUUAUUUUUUAAUGAAUGUAAUAGUGAGGUGAAAAAUAUAAAAAAAUAUAUUUUUAAUAAUUUUUUAGUUGCCACGUCACUAAGUUAACGGUCAACUUUGAGAGUUGACUGCCACAUCAGUCAAUGUUAACGGAGUUGGACGGAGAGUGACCAAACGUUAACGGUUUCAGUAAACUGAAGUACCAUCAAUGUAUUUAAAUAUUUCGAGUGACCAAACUUGAACGGUUUUUGUAAUCUUAGUGACUAAUCAUGCAAUUAACCCCUAUUUAAUCAUGUAAUUUUUAGGCAAAAUACACUUAUAUAGCCAAAACUUUUGCCUUUUUGUCAAUAAUAACCAAAUUUGGAGAAAUAACACUUAUAGCCAGCUUUUAAACUUGUUGUAUGACAAAUAUAGUCAUUUCCAUUAGAUACUUUAACAGUGUUAUUAACACCGUCAACUUAUUUGACGGUUCACUGACUAGACACCAACUUAACGGACACGUCAACGCCAAACAAACCAAAAGUGACACGUCAUAAUUUUAAACUAUUUAAUAAUUACAUGUCAUAUUUUAAUUUAAAAUUCUUUUUCCUUAAAUAUUUUUACCUCUAUUCCUCCCCCUGCCUUCCAUUCCAUCUUCGAUCCCUUUUUCUUUCCCAAAAAGCCCACCUCUCGUCAAACAAGAUCCUUUUUUCUUUGAUUCCUUUUCACAACAACAAUCACAAUGGUGUACCUAACUUCCUCUUGUUCCAGGUGCAAUUUUCCCUCACCUUUCAUCAUCGUCUGUUGUUGACACCCAAAAUUAAUUUGGCCUGAAUUAAAUACCGCAUUAAAUAGUCUCGGCAUUUAAUUCGACACCGCAGGUAAAAAAACGAGGUCGUUUGGAGUUGAGCGGCGUCACAGAGAUUUAAUACGAUGCCGCGAAACAGAAGAACGGUACCGCAACACCGGAAACGAUACCAUUUGCCGAAAAUCAAAAAUGGUUGCGCGUUUGGAAAGGAGUUUGUUUAUAAUUAAUUAUUAUUUUUAUUCUUUGUUGGAAGGGAAAAAUCGGUACCGCGGAGAGUUAAAAAGGUACCGCGGAUUUAAAAACGGUGUCGCGAGAGCCUGGUAAGCGGUACCGAUUAAUUAAAAAUCAUAUCGGGCAAGUGACCAAAAUUCACCCAGCCCAAUGUGGGCUCCAACUGCGGAGGUUCCAUGGAUUAAUAUUUUGUGGCUUAUCGGCGGUGUCGUUUAAUUCAAAACGGUACCGCGGGUAAGCCCAACGGUACCGCGGAUUAGCAAACGACAGUGGUUAAAUAAAAAAACAAUGUCGCG